CAUGUCUUCGAACACAGAUUACAUUUGACAAACAAUAACAAUACAUAAAAUAUAUUGAAACGUAAUACUGGGCUAUUAAACAUGAUACUGGAUAGUUUCAGAAUGCUGUCUAGGGGUGACCAGAGGUAUUACAUCAUGUUUUUCGUCAGUUUAAACAACUCGCGAAGCACGUUUGUAAUGUCAAGUGGUUUGACUGUGUCGAAUAAUGGGUCAAACUCCAGCUUUUAGUGUUAGAAAGACGAAAGGUGAAUGGUGUUGUCCGUUACGUCAGACACUUCCUCUUCCUGUGUUUUUAAAGGGACCAGUCAGACAACAAGACAUAAACACAAACAUGGUGUCUCUGGUCUGCACCUUACAAAGUCAUCGAGAUGAUGUGAACUGCUGCGCGUUCUCCGGCUCUCUGCUGGCCACCUGCUCCGCUGAUAAGAGCAUCUGCGUUUACUCCACACGAGACUUCAGCGAGCUGCCCUUCUCCCCGCUGUCCGGACACGGCUACGGGGUGCACUGCUGCUGCUUCAGCGCCUGCGGUCAGUACCUGGCCUCCUGCUCCACUGAUGCCACCACCGUGGUGUGGUCGAUGGACACCGGAGAGAUCGAGGCCGUCCUGGAGCAUCCGGGCCGGAGUCCGGUGAGGGUGUGCGCCUUCUCUCCUGACUCAUCUUACCUGGUAUCUGGAGGGUCCGAUGGGACCAUCGCACUGUGGGACUUUACCUCCAGGACACUGCGCAGGACGGGCGCAGUGACUGACACCAGUAUAGUGGCCUGCUCUUUCACUCCCAGCGGUCAGCUGUUCAUCACCGGCUCCACAUAUGGUGACUUGCGACUGUGGGACCUGAAUAUGAACCAUCUCCAUGCGGAGAAGAACGCCCAUGACCUCGGGGUCUCCUGCUGUCAGUUUGCUCCCCAGAUAAUGAAGGGCCCAGAUGGCUGCGUUCAGUUUCGGCUGGCCUCAUGUGGACAGGACAGUCUGUUGAAGAUAUGGAUUGUUUCUCUUUUGUCUGCUGCAGGCAUUAAGAUGCAGCUCGCUCACUCUCUGAUGGGUCAGUCUGCUCCAGUUCUGUCCUGUGCUUACUCUGCUGAUGGACAGAUGUUGGUGUCAGGAUCGGUGGAUAAGACCGUGACUGUGUAUCAAGCUAACCAAGGUAUCUUACUCUACACACUUAACCAGCAUGAUAGGUAUGUGACGGCCUGUGCCUUUUCCCCCACUGCUCCUCUCAUCGCCACCGGCUCCAUGGACAAAACUGUCAAUAUCUGGAGGGUAGAGGACGGCAGCGGUGCUCAGGGCAAAUCUCUUUCUGAUCAAGCUGCUUCGGUUUCAAGCAGUGGAGGCAGGAAGUCGAGUGGACACUCCAGACUGAUGGUGAGCGAGUGGUCUGAGGAGGAUGUGUUGGCAUGGUUACGUGAGGAGGGGCUGGAGGCAGUGAUUGACGUGUUUAAAUCCAAUAACAUCGAUGGAGAGGAGCUGCUCUCUCUCACCAAGGAAACCCUCAGCUCUGAGCUGCACAUCGGUAAAAUUACAGCACACAUUACUCCAGAUCUGUAUUCAUCUCCCAUAACAUGCUGUAGACUCUGGAUGUACUCUACAUAUAAAUUGCGUGUCUCUCUCUAUGUAUAUAUUACAAAGGAGUGUGUAUAUGUAUGUAUAUAUAUAUAUAUACACACACACACACACACACACAAAAUUUAGUGUUGGACUUGGUAGAAAUCGCAUCAUAAUAGUGUAGGAAUGACCUUAAAAGGAUAGUUCACCCAAAAAUGACAAUUCUGUCAUUAAUUACUCACCC